AUGCCCCUGGUCGGCUUUGGACUGUGGAAAGUCCCAGCCGACAAGGCCGCUGACACCGUCUAUCACGCCAUCAAAGCUGGCUACCGGCUUUUUGACGGCGCGUAUGACUAUCAAAAUGAAAAACAGGCUGGCGAGGGUAUUCGCCGUGCCAUCAACGAGGGACUGGUCCGGCGCGAGGACAUUUUUGUCACGACGAAGCUCUGGAACAACUACCACCAACGUGAUCAUGCAUUGGCGAUGGCCAAGGCCCAGAAUGAAGCUUGGGGUCUGGGAUAUAUCGACUUGUACUUGAUUCACUUCCCCAUCGCACUCAAGUACAUUGAGCCAGAGAAAUUGCGAUAUCCAGGUUGGUGGAUGGAUGCAGAGCAGAAGGUGAUUGAGAGAGCCAACGUGCCCAUCCAAGAAACGUGGCAGGUGUUGGAGGAGGUCGUGGACCAAGGAAUCGUCAAAUCGAUUGGUAUCUCCAACGCCCAGGCACAGACACUGUACGACAUCCAGACAUACUGCCGACACCCGAUCUCUUCUCUCCAGAUCGAGCAUCACCCGUAUCUCGUGCAGCCCGAUCUCAUCGAGCUGGCGCAGGAAGAGAAGAUCGUCAUCACUGCCUACUCUUCGUUCGGCCCGCAGAGUUUCUUGGAGUUGCCGGCCGCGUUUCGAGAGAGGGCGAAAGACAUCCCUCUUUUGUUCGACGUCGAGCCCGUCAAGAAAGCAGCGGCCAGAACGAACAAGACCCCGGCUCAGGUGCUGCUGCGGUGGGCCACGCAGCGAAACAUUGCCGUCAUCCCCAAGUCCAACAACAUCGAUCGCCUCGCACAGAACCUGGAAGUGGGAGGUGGCAGCUUCGAGCUGACGCAGGAGGAGAUCAAAGCGAUUAGCGCUCUCGAUAAGGGGCUUAGGUUCAACGAUCCUGGCUUUUAUCUCCACAAACCAUUGCGGAUUUUCGCAUGA